UCCGCUGAGCUGCCUGCCCCGGGAGUGAGGGUGGCGAAGGGAGCUCGGGGCCGCCCGUCAUGGAGCCGCCUCAGGCCCCGGGGGGGCGCCGGGGCUGCCCGCUGCUGGAGGACAGCUUCACCCGCCUGGCCUCCCAGAGCAACGUCUACGGGCUGGCGGCGCUGGCGGGGGGCGCCGGGGGCGGGGGCCCCCGGGGGCUCCUGGUGGCCACGCUGAAGGGGAAGGUGAUUUACUUCCGCUACCAGGACCUGCGGCAGAAAUUGCGGCCGGUGGCCAGGGAGCUCCAGUUCACCUACAUCCCCGUUGAUGCUGAGAUUGUCUCGAUUGACACUUUCAGCAAGUCGCCGCCGAAGAGGGGUCUCGUGGUGGGAAUAACUUUCAUUAAGGACUCUGGAGAUAAAGCGAGUCCAUUUCUGAACAUUUAUUGUGACUAUGAGCCCGGAUCGGAAUAUAACCUGGACUCUAUCGCACAAAGCUGCUUGAACCUGGAGCUGCAGUUCACCCCAUUCCAGCUGUACCAUGCAGAAGUCCACGUUGGAGACCAGCCAGAGACCGUCUUUCUGCUGAGCGGGAACGACCCCUGCAUCCACCUGUACAAAGAGAACAAAGGCUUGCACCAGUUCGAGGAGCAGCCCGUGCAGAACCUCUUCCCGGAGCUGCAGGAGCUGCCCAGCAACGUGCUGUGGCUGGACGUCUGCAACAUCCCCGGCUCAGGCCGGCGUCUCACAGCCUUCGGGUGCCAGAGCGGCUACGUCCGGGUGGCCCAGGUGGAGCAGGCCAGCAGAGAGGUGCUACAGACCUGGAGCAUUCAGCAAGACGGCCCCAUCUCCAAGGUCCUGGUGUUCAGGCUGCCGUCCUCCGAGAGCGACCCUGCCCAGAAUGGUAAUGCUGGCGACCAGGGUUACAGUGUUCUCGUCACUAGCACUAUCGAGCUGUCCGUGGUGUACAGGAACGUCCUGACCCACGGGCUGGCAGACCAGCUGACCCUGCCAGCCAGCGACCAGCAUGACAGCGUGCUCUGUGCCCUGGUGACUGACGUCGAUUUCGACGGCGCGCCUGAGAUACUCCUCGGCACAUAUGGACAGGAGCUGCUCUGUUACAAGUACUGGAGCUCGGGAGCGACCGGUGCUGGUGCAGCCGAGGCCGAAGCCCCGUCGCAGCCCGCUGGGGAGUUCCAUCUGCUCUGGAAGCGGAGUUUCCCCAGCCCCCUGCUGUCCAUGGAGUACGCAGACCUGACCUGCGACGGGCUAUGCGAGCUGGCCGUGGUGUGUCUGAAGGGGCUGCAUGUUCUGCAGCACAGCCUGAAGCAGACAGCUCAAUGCCUUCUGGAGAGGCUCCGCCAGGAGGUGGCACGGCGGGCGAACCACAGCCGCGCCUGCCAGCGGGUGCGAGAUGCCAACGCGGAUGGGGAAGCAGCAGAGGUCUAACUGGGCAUGGCCUGCGCUCGCCACAUCGCAGCUGAUUUCUGGCCACCCUGGUUGCAGGAGCCUGCUCUCCGCAGGGCUCCGGGAGGGGCUGGUGGUCAGAGGGGCCCUGAACGGCCAGGGAACAACGAUGGCAGCGGCAGAGAGAGAUCAGGACCUGACGGAGGAUCCAGCCCUAACGGCUCUUCAUCUGUGAGAGUGGAGCAGCCAACCAGGAAGCCGUACUAUAGCCUUCCUGCCUUGGACGUGUGCCGGUUCCGCGCAGCAUGUGCCCGGUACACACAGCACAUAGCAGGCACGCCCCUCCUGCUGGGGAGAGCAAAGGACGAACCUCGGACUUCUCCAGCCCGCUCUGGGCCAGCCAGGCAGGGGCCAGCCUGUGGCACAAGAGGCCCCGAAAGUGUGACACCCAGGGCCACAGCUGACUUGGAGGGACGUUUACGUUAACCCCCCCACCCCUCCCGUCCAGUAAAAGUUCCCAUGCACCCGG